AAAGCUGCUGCCAGAGAGUUAAUAUUAUAAGCAGCAGUUCCCACAUCUUGGCAUGCUCUAACCAUAUCAGCUAUGUCACAAGUAUGUGAGUUAUGAACAGCAAGCAGUGCUUUUCUACAAUUCUCAUUUGUAUUUAUGAAAACAAGCUGCUGCAACAGAAUAGUUCUGGCCUCAUAAUUGUUGACUUGUUGGGAGAGCAUGGUAUGCAGUCUGUCCAGGAGCUGCACAAAUGACUGCUGGACCCUGUAAAACCUUAGCAAAAGAUUAGGAUCGAUACCCAUCUCUGGAGUUGCUGCAGGGCCUGCAGGGCUGGGUGAGUGAUGGUAUCACGUACAUCACACGGGUAACCUGCCUGUGCUGCAGGGACUGCGACAGCAUUCUGUCUGCUCAGCUGUGCAAUGGCGAUUGGUGAAUUUCUGUCCUGCAGCACUUGGGCUGUACACAGCUCUCGGUAAUCGGUUAGCCAGACUGCAAACUGCAUUGCUGUUGGGAUAAUAUUCAUUACACUUUUCCAGUCGUGGGGAGUGAGGAUGUAUGCGGUACUGAUGGAUUCUAGGUAACUUAGGGUGUGAUGGGAGGAUAAGCCACUUUGCUUUACUAGUGUCCCCAGUUCUUUAAUUACUUUAUAGUCUAGCUCUCAGUAUGCUGGGUGCUGGUUUGGCACAUAUAUUACUGGGCAGGCUGUAGUGACUGCCAAUUCAUCCUCCUUCAUGGUGGCUUCCUGGCAUUUUUGCCAUUGUUAGACUACUGUGUCACCAUUUUGGGCAGGGAGCGAGCCCGCUGCCCCCUCGUGAUGUGGAAAUUCCACACUGAGGGGGCCAGCCAUGCAGGGAUUUUUAUCAGGGUAAGGCAGUUCUGCAGGGCUUGGGUUAAUCUUGGGAUAAGGCAAUUCUGCAGGGUUUGGGUCAAUCUUGGGGUCAUGUACAGGUUAUGGUGGUGCUGAGGGUUCAGUGGAAUCAGCUUCCAAAGCUGCAUAGUGGCUGACACUCGUGUGACUUCCUUUAAUGGCUGCCAUGAUUGUCCCCCAGGUAGUGAGAAGUCUCUGUCCUACUGCUUGCCAGGUUUCUGAUUGAAAGGGUCCAUUAAAGGGAAAAUCUUUAACACGGUUAGACACCCAGUCCAGCAGGGUGCUUAGUUUCACAUCAGCCAUAAUAACAGAUUGCUGAUGUAGGAGCCACUGUACCUGGCCCACACUUCUGCUUUGUUCCAGGGAUAUUCCACCUCCCAUAUUUGCUCCCACUGGUCUAUUCACCAUCCAGGUGAGGUGGGCGCACUUUUAUAUUCCUGAGUUCCUUCCUGAACUCUUCUCGGAUCCUUCCCUGAAUCCCUUUCCGGACUCUUCCUGGCUGGUUCCUUGACCUAGUGGGAGUUGCAACUGGAGCAGACUGCACACCCUGCACCACCUUAUAGGUCCCAGUUUGGGCCAGCCAUUUGUAGCAAUGCAGCUGAAGGAGAUCAGUUAAUUGUAGAAAUCACACCCUUUUUAUACAAUAAAGUGAUACAAGCUCCCUUAUGCAGCUGAAGGAGAUCAGUUCAUUGCAGAGAUCACACCCUUUUUAUACAAUAAAGUGAUACAGGCUCCCUUAUGCAGCUGAAGGAGAUCAGUUCAUUGUAGAAAUCACACCCUUUUUAUACAAUAAAGUGAUACAGGCUCCCUUAAUGCAGCUGAAGGAGAUCAGUUCAUUGCAGAAAUCGCAUCCUUUUUAUACCUUUAAUAAAGUGAUACAGGCUCCCUUAUGCAGCUGAAGGAGAUCAGUUCAUUGCAGAAAUCACACCCUUUUUAUACCUUUAAUAAAGUGAUACAGGCUCCCUUAUGCAGCUGAAGGAGAUCAGUUCAUUGCAGAAAUCGCAUCCUUUUUAUACCUUUAGUCUCUACCUGACAUAACUGAAACCCAACCGACACCUAACAGAAUUUAACAGAAAGAAGGCACCCAUUGGCUGGCUCAGCUGCCAUGUGCUCUCCAUGUGUUCUACCAUCCAAUCAGCUUCCUGCUCAUAUGCUGUCCAUGCGUUCCUUCAGCUAAUCAGCUUCCUGUUCCUAUGCUGGGCACGUGCCCCCCCAGCCAAUCACAGUCUCGCUCCCGACUGCCAUUCCCUGCGUCCCUGCUGGCUCCUGAUUCCUCUCCCCACUGCCCUGGCUUCCAGCCAUCGCUGCUGCAGCUGUGCCUGUCCUGCAGGGCCUGCUGGGGACCACAAGCCUUUACCACUUGGAUAAUUACAGCCCCACGUCCUACAGCUGGUAAUCCAUGUGCAUUCUGGAAUCUAACACACGAAGACUUAGAGAUAUGUGACUUUGUCAGCUCCUGAAGGUCAUUUUGGUUUUGCCUGAAGAAACAGAAAACAAGAAAAGAUGGACUGGAAUGUAAGGCCAGUCCAGAAUAUUGAUGCAAAUACAAACCUGCAAAGUGAAGGAGCAUGUUUCACUCAGUUACCUCCUAAUGGACAUGCCUUUCCUCAGGCAAAUGCCAACCCGUCUAAAAAUGCAUGCACUCAUGCUGAAAAUAACCAAAUCGUGUAUAUGCCAACUAUCAAUGUUGCCUUCCCUGCUGUAAAUGCUGAAGGAUUCAAAACUUCAGAUCAAAUCUCACCAGGAGCAUCUGUAACUGGUAAUAAUUUUUUUAUGUCAAAAUACUCAGUUAAAAGACAUCAACAGAUGUACAUAACAUCUCUAAAACCUCCCAUUCAGAAUUCACCUUUGCGGCCAGAAAUGACUCCGACUUCUUGGCCAGUCUCUAAUCCCUACAGUUAUCCCUGCAGAAAUGUACCCCCGCUGUCCUCUCAAAUGAACACAGGAAAUAAUGUAAGGAACGUGCUUGGGGAGCCUCAGUACACCAAUACCAACGCUUACGCCGUGCAGCCAGAAAUGCUGCAGCAUAAUUCUCUGAGACUUGGAACACUACAUCAAGGUGGCAUUCAUCACCAGAAUAAUUCCUUUCCUCUUGGUACUUCUGGGCAACAUGUCCAACCCCCAAUAUUUAAUUCCAAUAAUCAGUGUAAAGUUUUGUAUCCAGUGAAUCAAAAUACUGGGACAAACGUACAGAUGCCACAAUUUCAGCAGAGUCAGACAGGACCUGCUUUAGGAGCAGAAGUUCUUAGAGGAUGUUCUGCACCAUCUUUGUUGCCUGCCAACUGUGUUUCAAGACCUGCUCCACAAUCUUCAAUGGGUGUACCACAGGAAAUGCAAAAUGUACCUAAUGGAUACAGCAUUAACCAGCAGAGGUGCUCACUGGACCCAAAAAAUGCUCCUGGGUUUAACAGUAUUCAACAACACUGUCAGAAGCAGCAACCUGUAGAAGUCAGUCAAUCUGUCAGGAAUGUCUGUAAUCCAAGUGGAAGUGUGACAGCAAAUCGGUCUUUCAGUGAAAGUUCUGUGUCAUCCCCUGGCAUUCCCAAAGAGCUGCUUGAUGUUGUGAAAGAAAUAGAAGCUCUUUCUUCAAAGCCACUGAGUGAUCCUGCUUCAGUUCCAGAGAGCCAGACUAGUAGUUUGAUGAAUGGGCCUGUUAAUGCUCAGAUUUCUUCAGCGGCAGCAACACAUGGAGCAGGAAUUACAAAGGAGAGACUAGCUUGGGAGGCUGAAAAGCUGAAAUGUCUUAAAAAAAGGGUUGUCCUGCUUGAAACGGUUCAUAAUUAUAAAAAAAAAAUCUAUAAUGAAAAAAAUGCUCUUCCUCUUCCUCCUCCUCCUAGUUAUCCGUGUUCUCCUUCUAAUUGUCUUCCAUGUGUGUCCAAACAAAAUGUACAACCUUCCCCAUCUGAACCAGUGAGGACAGAGAGGCCCACACUCCUGGUUUCACAUGAAGAAAGAAAUGACAAAAACCUUGCCAGUGCUGAUAACAGAAGAUUGGAGGUGACUCAAAGUAACCCUCAGGUGAAGCAGGGAAGUCUUUCAUCAAGCUUCACUCCUGUUCCCUCUCAGAGCAAAGUCCCAGCUCAAUUUAAUAAUCCUGAGAGCACUGUGGAGCAAAGGGAUGUGCAUGCCUUGGCCUCUUCUCAAGGAACUGUGACUUCCUCAAGCAAUGCUUCGUGUUUUACUCAAGCAGGGAGCUCUGUCAAGACUGCAUCAAAGACUCUGCAAAUUGGCCCUGAGAACUCAUCUUUUCUUCAGUUCGUAUUGAGCAGCACAAAUGUGCUGAAAGAGAAGACAGCUGGUGCUACUGCUGAUAAAAUAUUGACGGAUCUCCUGUGCAGUGAAAAACCACUGCUCGAUACAUCUGUCUCAGGUGGAAGCUUGCUGAAAGACACUAGUGAGAAGAAUGUAGAAAGUUUGAAAGGUGAGCAGGCAUCUGUGGCUCACACAAAGUCUCCUGCAUCAGAAACAACUGCAUCUGGUGAUGCUCAAUUGCAGACUGAGGUAGCUCAGAAAACAACGCUGUUUACUGAAAAUGCAUCCUGUAGUCAGAGCAACUCUAGUUACUCUAUGGAAGAGCUGGUUGCAUGCCUGCGCUUGUGGGGGAAAUAUCCGCCAGCAUCUGUAAGUGUGGAAAAUAAACACUCAAAUGAAAGCCCCACAGCAAAUCAGGUUUUGCCCUCCAAUCAAAGCACAAAGAAGGGAGAAAAAAAAGAUGCUCUGGCUAGCAUGGAUGAGGCUGUUUUGCCUGUAACGACUACCUCUGUGGGACAAAAACUUGAUACACUGACUUCCAAUUUGAUAAAAAAUUUUGAACCUCAAGUUGCAGUUGUCUCUCCUUUAGUACUUUGUGAACAAAAAACACUAAGUGAGCAGGCAGGCAAGAUCUCAACACCUGAAGGUAAAACCUAUGCAGUGAGCAACUCAGGGAGCACGUGUAGCUUGCAAGAAGAGGGGGAAAAUGGUUUAAGUGUCGCAAAUACUGCUAAAGGAACAAUAGAAAAUACUUGGUCAUCACCCAGUGAUUGUGUUCUGGAAGAAAAAGUGGACUCAGAUUUGCAACAAAUCAAAGUAGGUGAUGAAAACCAAAGGAAAGUUAGUCAAUCUGCACAAGAUGUAAGAAAAAAUCUGCAGAUUGGAUUACAAAACAAGGCUUCUCUUCCUGAAUCAGGCAUAAAUUUUUGUAGUCAAAUCUCUCAAGAAGGUGAAGACAAGCAAGCUGUGUUAGAGGCAGGAGAUACAUCCACAGCUGUGCUGGAAAAUGACAUGUUUUGUAUCUCUAGUGUAUGCUCUCUUGUUGAAGGUGAUAAAUUUUAUAACCCACAAAUAGCAGGCAUGUUCAAGUCAAUUUAUGAAACACAGGCACAGGCAUCAGAAGGAAACGAGUCUGAUGCAAGGCAAAAGGAACAAAAUAUGGACUUGAAUAAAACUGAGCUGAGCAAUAACACUGCCCAAAGAGAGAGCUUGCUGCUAAAGAUGUUGGAAGAAUCAUCAAGUCAUUUGGAGAAUGAAAGCAGUGGCAAGCCUCUUAAAGCAGUUUCUACCUCUGAACAAAACACGUCAUUCAAGGCAUCUUUCAAGCAUCCUGAAAAUUCCUUAAAAAGUCUUGCUAAUAUAAAUCAGAAGUUAGCUCAAAAUUCACUGGAUUCCUCUAGCAGCAUAACUGCUAAAACAAAUGCACCUGCUGUUCCAGGAGAUCACAGUAAACAAAAUUCCAUGCCCAGUAAAAAUAGCACAGAAAACGAGGUGAACUUUUUUAGAGCACAACCUAGUAAGUAUCUGAAAGAUCAGCUGCUCGCUCUAGUGAAAGAGUUUCCAUAUGGCAUUGAAGGUGCUGAUAUGCUAACAAAGGAAGCAGCACAAAAUCGUUCAGUGGCUGAAGGGACAGAGAAUCAGUCUCAAAAAGAGGUUAAAAUUUGUGACAAGAAUUCUCAUUUGAAGGACCCAGUAAAUCAGACUAAAAUUGCAGCAUUAAGAUCGGAUCAGGUUCAAGAAUUGUCUCCUGGGCACAACCAGUCUCAAAAAGAGGUUAAAAUUUGUGACAAGAAUUCUCAUUUGAAGGACCCAGUAAAUCAGACUAAAAUUGCAGCAUUAAGAUCGGAUCAGGUUCAAGAAUUGUCUCCUGGGCACAACCAGUGUCCCUCUAGUGACAGCAGGAGAGAAGUGAGUCAACAGUUAGAAAAGGCUUCAGCUGACAAGGAUAACCUUGAAGGCAGUGUCCAGCCUAGUCAGGAUCUAUGUGAGAAGGAAAAAGCCCCACAAGAAACUUCUAACCCCAGUGAAAAAAGUGAAGAUCGCUCUUCAGUGGGUGGUGUAUCUGUAGCUUGUAAAACACCACAUUGUCCCUCUCUAUUAGAAACAUCUGGUUCAGAGAAAAAUGAUUGUCAGCUUUCAAAAGCUGAAAAUACCAACUCUGCAGAGACAGAAGAAAACAACCAUCAAUCUGAUACCUUGAAAAAGGAAAACUGUGCAGUGGGACACAUGACAAUAUCUGAAAAAAUCCCAGACAGUAUUAGCAAAAAUAAAGAUAUUUGCAAAUACACUUCUGAAAUGAACAAAAAACCUAAGCUGAAGGUGGAUAAUGAAAACAAACUGCCUACAACACAGCAGGAAAAAGCUGGACGAGUUAAUUCUUUUGAAAACCAGGAUGCUGAUAAAUACAUAAGCAGCAGUUCGAAGGAAUGUCUGCAAAUUGACAAAGGAACCCAAGUGUCAAGUAAAGAAAUUAAUUCUUUCAAAAAAGAGCGCCAGACAGCCUCCCAAGAGUUACCAGCAAAAACUGAUCAUACAUAUGCAGACAACAUGGCAAAGUUGUCCAUAAAGAAGGAGAGAGUUUUCAAAACUGAGUCCCUUUCAAAAGAUACAACCAAACCAGGUUUGACCAUGAAAUCCAAAACAGACAUUCACCAAUCUGUGAAGUCAGAAAGAGUUGAAAUUAAGCGCUCUGAAGUCAAUCAAGGAGAAAAAAUUAAAACUUGUGAAGAGAACUCAGCUGAAGAACAAAACUGUAAGGAACAAAAGGAGGUGCUUAAGCAAGACGUAGGAAUUACUGUCAAAGAGCAAGUGAAAUUACCACCAGAAAUAAAACAUACAAAAUUGAGUAGUUACCAAGCUGAUGCUGUAAAAUUCUCAGAUAGUGGCACUGUAGACUUCAAAUCAAGACACAUAAAAUAUUCUCAGCAUAAAUCUGUGAAAGUUCAUACUUUGCAGGAGCAGCCAUUCAAACGGAAGAUAAAAGAAAAUGUGGCUGGGAAGAGAGAAUUUAAGAAAGCAAAGCUGGAAGAGGAAAGACUGAAACAAUCCGAAGGAAAGAGUUCUAAGCAGCUUGCACAUAAUUGCUUGCUAAAUGCUGACAAAGCUAAAAAACUGAAUGGAGAAAAUGGUUGGAAACCAAGGAGUUCCUUAGCAGAUUGCUCUGUGCGUAAACUGCAGAGAAAAAGGGCUCGGUCUUCUAGCAUUUCUAAAAACUUCUUCUCUAGCAAAGAAAGACAUCUCGAUGGUCAAAACAAAGACAAGAGCUCUGAGAAAAUGUUUCCUGAUAAAAAUCUUCUGUACCUAAACAGAAGAAAUAACAGACUAAAGCUGCAUCUUCAAAAGGAACCCAAGAAACACUACCUGAACAGAGUGGCAUUUAAACGUACAGCACAGGAGCGCAUCUCUCUGACAAAAUUAGAGACAUCACCUGUCAGAUCUGUCUGGCAUAGAACCACCAAAGUGUCACAAAACAGCAACUCAAAAAAAGAUGUGUCUGUCUCGACAGUUGAGAAAUCAUGCAAACAGGAAAUCCUUGAGUUCAAGCUGUGUCCAGAGAUACUGUUCAGAAAUCCAGCCCCUGGUGAAGAAAGCUUAGCUGCAGAGAAUUCUCCAGAAAGAGAUAAAGUCGUUGUAGAAGGUGUCAAGAGUAAAAAAGAAGAUUGGUUAAAAUGUGAACCAGUGAAGCAAAAGAAACUGGAAGAGGUCUCUACAGCUGAGGAGAGUAUUCCCCUUGAUACAGCUAUACAGAUCCUGGAAGGAGAUGGAGAGACUCUUCACAUUCCUGUCAAAGACUCAAAAGAGAUGUUUCAGACCUACAGGAAAAUGUAUCUGGAAAAAAAGAUGCAAAAGUCUUGAUACCACUCCUGUAUCAAAGGUCUUACUAUCACUGAGAAAAAAAUGCCAACACUAAGAUGAUUUUUUUUCUGUUUACUUCAUGUUGCUGAAUAAUUGUAAAAGCCCACAGUUUUCUGGUGGGUGUUGAAAAUUUCCUUCCCUAAUUCCUCAUAUUUGUGAAUAAUUGCCAUCUUAUUCUGUAUUUAUUGUCCAAAUAUUCUUUGGUGCUGUAAAUGGUGAUUUAAACAUAUUGUUUCUUUUGGCAUUUUUGAUUCUGUUUUUUUUUUUAAGAUAGAGUAGCUCAUUGAAUCUUGACCAAAAAAAUAACAAACUCAUUUAAACUGUCAUAGCCCGUUUUCUUUCCUGAUUCUCAAAAACUUCUGAUUACUUUCCAUUGCCGGCAGUGGAAAAAUAUUUCUGCUGCAAAGGGACUGCAGUGGAUUCCCAAGCAUUACACUUCUGUUUCCCACUUACAGCAGCCUGAUGGUUUUGCUUCUUAGCAAGGCUUUCUGUUUUUGUAGAAACUUUUUUUUCCUAAACUGGGAAUAGAAAUAGAAACCCCUCAAUGCAAGCGUACAGAUCAGGGGCAUUUAUAAAGUAUUUAUGCUGCUACCCAGUUUCGUUGCAUUUGUUUUUGUGGAGCUUGUAUGGACUGAACUCUGAGUUCUUAGUUUGAACACAGUGCUGCAGACUGUUAGUUUACUGAAGACUUCCCGUGCUUUUCUUUCUUUUUUUCUUUGCACUUCUGUUGUUGAAGUGCUGGGAGUUCGAAUUCACUCUUGUCUGAAUUAUGCUGUUGAGUUCAGCUAGACUGUAAUUAAUUUCAUUGUUUUUUUAUAAAGUGUUAGAUAAUGUUUGCUUACACAUUCACUGUGACAUAACAGUUGUGUUUGUCAUUGGUUAUCUUUUGUUUAAGUGCCUUUUCACUGUUAUUCAAAAUUUAAAAUCAAAUAGUAUUUUUACAGAGAUUUGGUACUUGAUUCUUUCUAUCUUAUUAAACCUUUAUGCUGAACAAAAAACUUGUAGAUACGUUACUGAACAAUUUUUAUACUUGAAAUAAACUUUUGAGGACUACA